UGAACGAUUUCAUAAAUCGAUUUUGUUUUGUGUCACGACUGCUUUUUUCCCUUCUCGUGAGCCAUGCAAGGUAACGUGCGGAGCCGCAUUGAUCCCAACGGGCCGUGGCUUGCAUGAUUUGUGUGUGAAACGGUGACCGCAAACGAGACUGUAUAGCCAAAGUGGUCUAUGCUGUAUAUCAUCUGUGUUGUGGAAACGUCCGUUAAUGUGAUGUGUGGAAAAUCCGAGGUGAUACCUUUUAACGCAGAAGCUACAACCACCAAAGGAGCGUGGGGCGGACUGAUGAACCACAACAUAUACGCCACCAAGAAGACUGUGGCACAAGGCAUGCUAGAUGUGGCCCUGUUGACGGCCAACGCUUCCCAGCUGAAGUACUUGCUUCAAGUUGGGACGCAGCACGAAUUCUACCACCUCAUGCUGGUGCUUAUCAGUCUCUCAAUCGCUCUCCAGAUCAUUGUUGGAUUCAUGUUCCUCGUCCUGGGAACCUUGAACGUGAACCUGGAGAAACAGCAACGCGCUGCGGACAUCCUCAACAACGUGGCUACGGGUGCGGUGUUCCUCAUUACGGCCCUCAAUAUCAUAAUUUCCUCUUUCGGAAUGCAUCACACGGACAACAUCGUGUUCUCUCCCAUCGUAUGAGUGGCCAAUACGUCACGCCUCAUUGCAACCAGCCAGUGACCCAGUGUUGCACUGAACCGCGUGAGUGCAAAGGUGUCGUCUCAAGUAUAUCGGCUGUUAAAUACGAGAUUAUGCUGAUAACAGUAGUGGAACAGAGGUGGACACAACACAUUGUAAUUUAUUCACGGUGACCGAAGUAGCUUGUCGUAAACAAAAACGUACACAGCACUACGCCGUUCGACACCAUGUUCAAAAAGUAUAUCCUGUAUCAUAGUGCGAACGGUUAUGUUUCAACAUCGUACAUGAUUGCUCUUACGGGGACUACCGUUUCAAAACAGACAGCGAGGAAAAGAGUAAAACUCUACAUUAUUUCCAUGGAACCGACUCAUGAUCGCUACUCCUAAAGCAGCUUUGUAUGUAUUUGUCCCUUCUAUGUUGUUCCAGCCUCAGAACAUCAGUUCUCUCAUGUUAAGAAGAGGAGAAAAAAAAAGAGUUAUUGGGGGCCGUCUCAGUGCUUCCCUUACGUUCCCUUACUAUGGCAAGCUAGAACAUAUUGUUUUUUUUUUUUUUACCGCGUGAUAUAAGCCUUCUGGAACCGGCACGCAAAAUAUUUCCUCUAGGAAGUGCGAUUAUUUUUUUGUAUAAAAUCAAUUUACAAGAACCUACAAGAAUUUACAAGAAUGCGCGUAGCGGCAACCAACUCUCCCAGCUCCUUCCGGCGUGUCGUGACGUCAGAUCGUCCGAGCGCUUUUUAUUGGAUGCCGAGAAUCGUCUGCUACACCGCCGUAGCAAGGCGACCGAUCGACUGCUCUGCAUCGGACACGAGACGGGCGCCGCAAAAAUACAAAAAUACAAAAUAAAAGAAAGAAAGGAAGAAAGAAUGAAAGAAGGCGCGCUCCUCACUAUUUUGCGGAUGACAUGACAUGACAUCGUAGACUGGCAGCCAAUGGAAGAAGCUCUUUUGCUCUUUUUACCAGCCAGAUUAAAAGCUCUCUUGCACACCAAGAUUGCACGCUGCACUCUUAUUUGUUAUGCGAAUAUGUGUCCGAGGACUUGUAAUCCUAAUUUCCAUGCUCUCCAUAGUUCUCCUGCUUGAUGACAAUACACACCAUGCUUUCCAUACUAGGGGUCUACUUCCGUAGGUAUAGGUUCCCUACUGGAUGACAAUACUCCAUGCUUGUUUGGGCCUCUUACUUGAUGACAAUACACGCAUAUAUACACCAUGCUUGUUUAGGGGUAUUUGUCCCAUCCUAUAGUUGGCAAUACAAAGAGGUAUAUUUGCGAUGAUCGCCGUGGUCUCCCACCAGAUUUUUGCAAACCAUCGAGUUAACGCAUCGUAGCCCGGUUGUGGUAUCCUGUUCUUCCUUUUUUCGCUGAUCGAAAAUCGAAAUAUUGAGUAGAUCUGACCGUGGUGAAUUAAUAUGUUUGAUAGCGAUAAAGUCUAGAAAAGCUCUAGGUGCAAGAGUUCUGUUAUGGACACGAUUUUGAGCGUGUGCGGUAGACGUUCAGCCUCGCAGAGGCAACGCAGUAGUUGUUUCGGUUUGAUGGGAGAAAAAUAAAGUGGAGAGAGCGUGGCACUCAGAAAGAUGGUUGGCAACUACAGUGCUAGUAACUGGAAGAGGAAAUAAAAUAAUAAACAAGCGGUGUACAGAGAGACCGCAGAAAUCACAUUCAUGGUCAGAGCAAGUACACCAGCUUGGUGCCUGUAAGAAACCACACAAAUGCCUGCGAGACAUUAAGACGUUUGAUUGCAGGCCUUGGACCCUGGAUCUCUGACAUGUCAAAAGGUCUGCUGUCCAUUCGGGCCGGGGCUGUCCGGAGAUGUAGAUGCUGUCGGCAAGACAGCAAGAUACGUUCAGUGUCCUCGACAGACCCAUACAUUCGGCCAGUCAGAGGAGUACGCCUUCCUAGAAGUGUACAUAGUGGUCGUUUGCUGUAGGGCACAUUUUGGUGAAGAAAAAACAAGAAACAAAAGUAUGGUAUUUGCAGUGACGACGCAAUGUCAGAACGGAAUUGCUAUAAGUAGUACGUCCUAUUAACGGCUUGUCUUGUCGUCGAUGUGUUAGUGUGCUUCCAGGUGUCGCGUAUGUGGAGAGGUUCAUGUAUCAUUUACGCUUGAAAACGGAGGUAUCGGUCCGUUAUAAGUUUUGUGAGUGUACGACUAGACUACGAACGGACUCUGCCAACACUAUGACGUCAUAGGCGCUCCCGACUAGAAACGCAUUGCACCAGAAUUGGCCCACAUGAACGCAAUGCUCCUGAACCGUGCAUAUACGGUAUCGCUGUACUCUGUGGUGACAUUCAUAAUGCGCUCACAGAACGACUCGCACGAAAACACUGUAAUGAAGUCGGCAAUAAAUUAUUUAUUGGACACAAUACAUACAGAAUGCACGAGGAAUGGACACAAGCAAAGUUCCAGCAGUUGCACACGGUCGUUGUCGUCUUGUUGUCUUUGGCAAGUUUGGUCAAUCAGUCACAAAGAGAAUAUAUCUAAUUAAAGGUCUUACAGUACGUUCAUCGUGGAUGUUCACAUCUGCAUCGGGAAGUUCAAGUGAAGAUAUUAAAAAGAAACAAACAAAAUGUCUUUUUUUUUUUUUCGUGUCUUAGUUUUUUGUUGUCAGUGCAUAUUUUUCCAGACUACAGGAGUUGCCAGUCCUAACUCUGUCGGGACCAACGACUUUUCUUGCUCUUCUAAUCGAAUGAAAUAUAAUCGGUUCUAAUCUAAUGGGAUCAUUCAUAUAUUCUUUCUUUCUCCCUUGUGAAUAUAACACAUAUAGGCAUGUACAGUGCGUCAGAAAUUUGACUGGUACACUCUGAAAACGGAACUCCGUUACAUGAUACGGCUGUCACUUCAGAGGAGAGAGCAAUGCAUACACCUUUUUGUGGCAAUUAACGAUGAAUUAUAUUUUUGUCUUUCAUUUUGAACAAAUCACGAAAGAUAAUGAUGUCAUUCUGGUGGUUUGUUCUGAGAGUGUUGUGCAGCGAGGUUCAGUUUUUAGAGUGUAGACCUGAAUCAGAGUAGAUCUAUGAUUCUCAGAGUACGUGAACGAAAGCGACCUUGGACUGUAAAGGACAGAGACUACAUGUAGUUAUUUGUCGGACACUGAUUGCUGCAUUAAAUCAACACGUAAGAACAAGAACCACACUAUCAUGUAUGUUUUUCCCACUUCUGUUGUCAUCAUUCAAUGCCGCGAACAUUUGGUGAUGUAACAUAUAGAGGUCAUUCCCAGUACCAAGAACAAGACCUUAACCCUUCUUCAGAAGGUUUCACCGUGAAGAACCGUGGAUUGAUAUCAAACGUGGUGUGCACUCGGGUUUCACUCCGUCCAAGGUGUGUUCGGUGUCAGAGCAAAGUAUAUAAUUGCAGAAGGAAGACACGAGAUAAUUGAAUUCCUAGCUAUCGGGGGUUUCUACGAACAACGUUAUUAAAUGUGUGAUGUUUCUUCGAGCACUUACUAGGAACGCUACGUUCUGUUCUCUUCCCUUACUAUGGAACCGCAAGAUGAAAAAAAAGUUACGAAAUCACUCAA